CCUUCCGCACCAACAGCUGCACAGCUGCAUCUCAUAUCCAGUGCGCUAAUAAGUCCAUCGACAGAAAUACGUGACCUGUAAUUCGAGUGCGAAGCCUGUGCGCGCCGUUGCAGUUUGCGAGACACGUCGUGGGUGUGGAAAGUGAGAGAGAGUUUAGGCUCGUCCGAGUACCACCAGCGAUCGCCCUCCCUUGACCACCACCGCUACGUCACCGUCCACAGAAUGGCUGCUGCGACAUCAUCAGCGCGAACCUCCCCCCAGAACUCCAACAUGUCCUCUCCCAAGGACAGUAAAAAUACCCUCCCUGCUCUGACUAAGAUUGAAGAACCUGCCAAGGUCGAGAUCACUCAAGAACAGCCUCCUGUCGCGGAAGCCGUUGCCAAACCAGACGCGAAGCCACCAACGACAAAUGCACAACCGCUGGCUCCUCCCCCUAAACCCGUACCUACAUCAACCAGCGAUACGCCCGACUACUUCAACACUGUACACAAUCCCUUCUCAUUGGAGCCAAACGUUUUCGAACAAUCCUUCGGCGGCAACGGCAGCGUAGAGACACCGGGCGGCCGUACUAUUCUGCCCCCUGUCGCGAACAUUACGUCACCUUCACCGCUUCCAGGUAUUACACCAGGUUGGCAGUCGUUGCGCGCUGGACCUCUGAGUCCUGCUAUGCUUAGUGGACCUACCGGACAGACCGACUACUUUAGCGAGUCGUUCCGUGGCUUUCCUACUCCUAACGAGUCCUCUCUUCGCACUGGUCUCACACCUGGUGGAGGUGGUUCUAUGUUCCCAGCGCCCAGUCCUAAUACACAGGCUAUUUUCCAUCUCCAGAACGGCGGCGUCACGCCCGGCACUGGUGAUUUCCAGCAAGCAGCUUUGCGCGCAGCCCACCAAGCGACCCAACUCAAGGGCCCUGUAGCAGGCGCGCCGACAUCUCAGCCAGACGCAAUGGCAGCAGCAAUGGACCGCCAAAACAACUAUCAGCAGCCCCAGCCACAACAGCAGCGCCCCCAAAGUGACCCAUUCGCCAAUCAUGACGUCAGCAGUGCCGCUAAUGACUUGCUUUCUUUUGCCAGCCAGAACGGUGGUUCUCGCAAUGGCCAGCAGCCGUUCUCAAUGCCUCCUCAACAACAGUCUCUUAACGCAGGGCAUAUGCCUGUCCAACCUGUCCAUCAAAAUCACGGACGUCGCAACACCAAGGGAUCAAUUAACAGUAUUGCAUCUGCCGACACAGGUGACUUCUCAGAUAGCGGUGCAAGCGAGCAGAACAAGUCGUCUGCACGAUCGCGCGGCAAGCGUGGUGCCAUCAACGGCAAACAAACCGCUGGCUCCAAGCGAAAGGCGGAUGAGAUACCUAAGGGCAGCAGAAAGAAGAGUACUGCUGCUCCGUCCAUUGGUGACGAAGACGAAGACUCUGACGAAGACAUGAUGAACGUUAAGGACGAAGAGCUUGACAGCAAGGGCAGGAAGAUGACCGACGAGGAGAAGCGGAAGAAUUUCCUGGAAAGAAAUAGGGUUGCUGCGCUGAAGUGCCGACAACGGAAGAAGCAAUGGCUCGCCAACCUUCAGUCCAAGGUUGAGUUGUUCAGUACAGAGAACGAUGCUCUUUCUUCUACCGUCACCCAGCUUCGCGAGGAGAUUGUCAACCUCAAGACUCUCCUCCUCGCGCACAAGGAGUGUCCCGUCUCGCAGGCUCAAGGCCUCAAUGGUGCCGCCAUGAAUAACUUCCUCGGCAGCGACAUCAGUCAUCAGAACCCGUACGGCAUUGCCCAACUACAGCCAAACGGUGUUCACCACAUGGGCAUGCAAAUGCAACAAGGACAGAUGAUGAACCGGUUCGUAUCUCCACCCCCUCGGACAUCAAGUGCACAACAUCAGGAGCACGCGCAUUAUCCUCCGAGGUAUUAGAACACACGCUCACAGCUUCCAGGUAAGCAAUCUGGAAGUCAGUUAGCCGCCUGAGCGUGCUGCGUAGCGUUCAAGUCGCUAAUGUUGUGGCCGAUCCUAGUUAUUAAACCAGGACCAUG